UGAACUGUCACGGUGCUGCUGCUGUUGUCUGCCAUCAUCCCCCUGACACAGACCACCCUGCAGACCACCUUCAUCCUGGGUGCCACACGUCACUGCUGCUACAACUCAGAGCAACUGGAGCGCAAGCCAGGAAGGGAGAUGGUGGUCCAAUGUGCCAAGCUUCUCUGAGUCACGGUGGACGACCAGCUGACCUGGCAGCAGCAUGUCGCCAGCACCGUGAGAUCCGCUACCUACAGCUGUACAUGCUGCGCAGACUCAGGUCGCUGGGGACGCCGACAGAUGAGUUAAGGGGGGUGUACCUCACCUUCAUCCUCCCCAAACUCAUGUACGCCUCCCCAGCGUGGUCCUCCUCCCUCACACACACUCAACAGCUACAGCUAGAGAGUGUGCAGAAAAGGGCGUGCAGGGUCAUCCUUGGCCCUGCAUACACCACCUAUGAAGAAGCCCUGACCACCCUGAGUCUGUCCAGACUAUCCACCAGGCACCGAGAGGCUCUGGAGAAGUUUGGAAGGGGACUGCUGCAUCAUCCACGUCUCAGACACAUGCUGCCGCCUGACGCGCCUCGCAUUGUUAAGUUUUUCCCCACCCCCUAUGUACAUUUUCAGUUUGUUAACUGCCUAAAUAACAAACCGUUUAUUAUUAUUAUUAUUAUUAUUAUUAUUACACACACACACACACACACACGGGGAAGGGAAGAUCUGCUCACACUCACUUCCCACACACUAAAGUCCUGCCGAUAA